AUGAGGUCGUCCAUGCUGGUCCUGCUCCUCCUCUUCAGUGCCCGGGCUGUGGUCGCCAGCGGAGGAGACUCUUGUCCCGCCACACUGACCCAGCAGCAGGAUCCCGGCAAGGACCCCAACCCCAUCCCCACUGUGGACCCCAAACUCUUCACCAAGCGCCGCUACCUCUCCCCUCGGGUGCUCUUCAGCGCUCAGCCUCCCGAUGCGGACCCGGGGUCGCAGGGUCACGGCAGGAGGACCCGCAGGAGAGCGGGGGAGCCCCAGCACAGAGGGGUUUACUCUGUGUGCGAGAGCAUCAGCGUGUGGGUGGGCAACAAAACCAAAGCCACGGACAUUUCAGGCAACGAGGUGACAGUGCUGCCGGACGUGAACAUCAACAACGUCAACAAGAAGCAGUAUUUCUUUGAGACGACGUGUCACAGCGCGCGCCCCGGCAGCUCCGGCUGUUUGGGGAUCGACGCCAAACACUGGAACUCCUACUGCACCAACUCACACACUUUUGUCCGAGCGCUGACCUCCUUUAAGAACCUGGUGGCCUGGAGGCUCAUACGCAUCAACGUGGCCUGUGUGUGUGUGCUGAGCCGCAAGUCGUGGCGGCAGUGA